CUAGUGAAGCCUCGCUAGCCACCCACCCAACAACCAGACAAAGAAGAGGUGCCUGGAGCUCUAGGCUGGGAGCGGGGGACUCGCCAUGGCGACGCCGGAGCGCGCGGGCCGGGGCAACGCGACGGCCACCGCCAUCGCGACCAACAGGUGGGGGCCCUACUCGGGGGCCGGUGACUUCGCGGGCAACAUGGCCAUCAUCCUCGCGUCCCUGCUCGCCGCCCUCGCGCUCGCCCUCGCGCUCCACGCCGGCGUCAGGUGCCUGCUCCGCCGCCGCAGGCAGCGGCGGGGCCUCGACGACGGGGAUGAGGACCCGGAGAAGCCGCCCGUGGCGGAGGAGCCGGCGCCCCCGCCCCCGCCGCUGCUGGUGUACUCCGCGUCCGGGACGCGGCUGGCGGGCGCGGGCGCGCACGAGUGCGCCAUCUGCCUGGCCGAGUUCGCGGACGGCGACGCCGUGCGCGCCAUGCCGGCCUGCGCCCACGGCUUCCACGCGCGCUGCAUCGAGCGCUGGCUCGCCGUCCCCGCCGCCGCCUCCUGCCCGACCUGCCGCGCUCCCGCCGCAGCGCCGCCGCCGCCGCAGCCCUGACGCCGAAGCAUCUGCCUCCUUGGCAAGUGCUCCGUUUGGCUCCCUAAAUUGGUUCCAUGUGUAAAUACUCAUCAAGUUAAGUUGGGGAUUUGGAUUUCCAUCCAUGCGUAAACUUAUCAUUUGUGCUCCCCAACCCCAAGUCUUUCUUUUAUUUUAUCAACGGCCGCGUUUGGCAGCUCAGCUCAGCUCACUGACGAUGCCAAACCGCCCAAGAGCACCAAGAAGAACUUGCGCUGGCACUAUCUCAGAUCUGAUUAUAAUAAUCAUUCUGCUCCAA